AUAUACACACACACAUACAUACAUAUCAUAACUCCACUCUGCCCUCACAUUGAAUAUAUAGUCCUCCAGGUCAUCAACACAACUCUAAAAGCCAUCUAGCUUAUUGCCUCCGUAACAAAGGACAGAGGGAGCGUGCUACUACAUUUUAUGGAGAUCAUCUCAUCUAUCAUCUAUAUCCUCUUUCUCUCUGUUCUUCUCUCGUAUUGCAUAUCAAGGAAACAAGCAGCGAAAAGGAAAGAGAACUUAAGGCUGCCUCCGGGUUCAAUGGGAUGGCCUUAUAUAGGAGAGACUCUCCAACUCUAUUCUCAGGACCCUAACAUCUUCUUUUCUAAUAAGCAAAAGAGAUAUGGAGAUGUAUUUAAAACACACAUACUUGGAUGCCCUUGUGUUAUGCUGGCUAGCCCUGAAGCUGCUCGGUUCGUGCUGGUAACUCACUCCAGCUUGUUCAAACCCACAUACCCAAAGAGCAAAGAGAAGCUCAUUGGCCCUUCUGCGCUGUUCUUUCACCAAGGGAAUUAUCAUUCUCAAGUGAGGAAGCUUGUCCAGAGCUCAUUGUCACCGGAGGUCCUUCGCAAACUAGUUCCUGAUAUCGAAGCCAUUGCCAUUACUUCCCUGGAAUCAUGGGCCAACAAGCAGAUUAUAAACACAUUCCAGGAGAUGAAGAAGUUCUCAUUUGAAGUGGGUAUACUUGCCAUUUUUGGUCAUCUGGACAAAAAGUAUAGGGAUGCUCUGAAGGAGAAUUACUGCAUAGUAGAUAAAGGCUACAAUUCUUUCCCCACAAACUUACCAGGAACUGUGUAUAACAAGGCCACAGUGGCAAGGAAAAGGCUUAAUCAGAUUCUCAGUGAGAUAAUAUGCCAAAGGAAGGAGAAGAAAGUCUUGGAGAGGGAUCUUUUAGGGCAUCUGCUGAACUUCAAAGACGAAAAAGGUCAGGCUCUAAGGGAGGACCAAAUAGCAGAUAACAUCAUUGGAGUGCUUUUUGCUGCUCAGGAUACAACAGCUAGUGCUUUAACUUGGGUUCUCAAGUAUCUCCAUGAUGACCAGAAACUAUUAGAAACUGUAAAGGCAGAACAAACAGUAAUAUACAGAUCAAACAGUGAAGAGAAGAAAUCUUUAAAUUGGGCUCAAACAAGAAAUAUGCCAAUAACAUAUAGGGCCAUAUUAGAGAGUUUGAGGAUGUCAAGCAUUAUAUCUUUCACCUUCAGAGAAGCUGUAGUUGACGUGUUUUAUGAUGGAUAUCUUAUUCCAAAAGGAUGGAAGGUGAUGCCAUUAUUUCGAAACAUUCAUCAUAAUCCUGAGUUUUUCACAGACCCUCAGAAUUUUGAUCCAUCUAGGUUCGAGGUUGCACCAAAACCCAAUACCUAUAUGCCAUUUGGCAAUGGUGGACAUUCUUGCCCUGGAAAUGAGCUUGCCAAACUAGAGAUGCUGAUUUUAGUUCAUCAUCUAGUUACCAAUUACAGGUGGGAAGCAAUUAGUUCCCAAGGUAUGAUACAGUAUAGCCCAUUCCCAGUACCUUAUCAGGGACUCCCAGCCAGGUUUUGGAAAGAGAUCAACAGUCUACAACAGUCUAUUUAGCAGGACGUGCCCUCUGAUGGAAAUAAAAUAAAAAUAAAUAAAUAAAUCUGAAGAUACCUACAAAUUUAGUUUAAGUUAACCUCAACCCUGUAGCUUUUCCCUGGGGUCUACUUUGGUGAUAUUUUAUUUCUGGACAUCUCAUUUGACAAAUUGUACCAUUUAACGAUAUGUAUUCAGUAGC